AUGUCCUCCUCCGGAAAGAAAACAAAGGACGUGAUGAGUUACGCGUACGACGAAUCGCGCGUGUUCGACGCGACCACCAUCCUUUUCUCCUUGAUAGGUUUCGAUAUAUUCUUCCUCGUUGGUUUAACCGUGUGGGUGAACGGCUUGAAACGGAGGUACGAAAACGCGAUAUGGAAGAUCAAACGGUUGGAAUCGGAGAAGCGAGACUUAGCGGUGGCGUUUAACUUGGAGAAGGCGGAUUUGGUCGAUCCUUUGAAUACGAAUGCGAUGAAUAACAACCGCGGGCGAAGAAUGGCGAACGCCACGGCGGCAACGGUACCGCCAUCUCUGGGAGGAGGAGGAGGCCAAUCGGGGCCCGCGAGCGCGAACGACGUGCUCCUCCAAGGCUUGAAAGCCGAACGCGACGCGUUGAAGCAAGCGCUGAAAUCCGUCCAAGGCGAGUUGCAACGGUACGCGAAGGAAAACGCGACGUUGGAAAAUGAGCUCGAGAGGGCUUUGUUCGAGGUGGAGAAGUUAACACCGAUAGAUUGA